CGCUGCUAUUUUAGCUCCUAAAACAACCUUAUCUGGGCACGGUAAAGGUUAUAAAAUCAAACUAAGUUAGUGCUGGUAGAGUUGAAGACUGAGUUUUAUGAUGAAUAACAAGAGGACAAAACGAAAAAGCUAUUUUUUGAGUGCGAAUCCUUCAAAGAAAAGGAGAAAUGAUUUAAUGCCUGGUUUGAAAGGUUUUAUAUGCACCUGCAAUGGCAAUAUGAAAGGGUGCAUAUCAGAAGCAUUGAAUAUUUUGGAUGAAUAUGAUUCUAAAAUGAAUCCUGAAACGAAUAAUUCUGAUGAAAUUGAGGACAGCGAAGAUAUUGAAAAAGCGCUGAUGAAGGAAUUGAAAAAUGAAAAAGAACAAAAAAAAGAGGAUAAGAAAUUCAGAGUCAUUGAAACUGGAAUUAACAACUGCAUUUUUAUAGGAACGACUGUCAGCAAUUCUGUUGAGAUAGUUGAAAAAAUUGCAAAAGAUAUUAAAUGUACAAAAGUAUCUAAGAGUAAAAACCUCAUUCGAAUGCUGCCUGUGGAGAUAACUUGCAAGGCAUUCAUGGAGGACAUCAAGAAAGCAGCUUGUAGUAUAUUUGAAAGACACUUUAAAUGUGACCCAGUUCCUUUUAACAUAAUUUUAACAAAGAGGAGUAAUAGUAAUUUAGAUCGGAUGGAAGUGAUUGAACAACUUGUUCUUCUUGUAAAAGAUAGAAAUUUGAAUCAUAAAGUAAACUUGAACUCACCAGUGAAAAGUGUAAUAGUGGAAAUAAUCAGAAAUAUUUGUUGUUUGUCAGUCAUUGAUCAUUUUCAUGAUUACAUGAAAUUCAAUUUGAUUGCUCUUGCAUCUAAUAAAAAUAUUGAUACUUAAAUGUUUAAGUUUGUAUAAUUUUAAUGCAAUGAAUUUUUAAAAUAUUUGUUUAAUAAAAUACAUCUUUUUUUUUUUUAA